UGCCGGGCCCCGCGCAGAGCAGCGGCGGUGGCUCCGCCCGGCCCCCGCUACGGCCAGGCCCGCGCCGGCGGCAGCGAGAGGGGAAGAGGCUCUGGCUGGUGUCUGAAAGCCCCUGAGUUCAGGAGGUGGUGAGGAAGCAGCGGAGCCCCUCCGGGCGUAAGUCCUGGCGGAGUGAGGGGAGAGGCGGCGCGCAGGGACGGGCGCUGCCUGCCUGCGGGAGGCGGCUCCUCCUCGCUGUCUGCGUGGUGACAGAGAAAGUGUCCGACCUCAGCGGGUUAGUGACUGCGUUGUGCCUUCGGAGGAGACCUGUGUUUGUAGUCCGCUGACAGCGUGGCUGUUAGGGAAUGCGUGGGAAAGCUGUGUCUGCACUUCCUUUUUUUCACUUAGCCCGGCCAGCGAUCCGCAUCGCGGGUGCUGCUUUGCGCCGGAGCUGUGCUCAUCUCUUCUGAGCAUACUGAGAAAAGUUUCGGUUCGGAUGCUGGCAGAGAUGGUUUGAGCGAUAUGCGCUGGCUUGGCGGUGAUGAGGCGGCUCGGGCUGUGUUUCCAAUGAAGUGUCCUCCUGUCCGGAGGCAGUGAGCCGCUGGGGGAAUGUCAUAACUGCUGAAUGACAUAAUCUUUAAGCAGCUGACCACAAAAAGGAUUUUUAAAACCUCGGAAACCGCUCUGAGCUGUGUAGCUUUCUGUUAAUUUAUCAGUGUUGUCAUCGUUACAAGGAGUAGUGGGUACAAACUUGAAAGCCUUGCAAGUCUUCUGCAUUAUUGCGGGGUGGGAAUAGGAAGCUUGUCAGGUGUAAGGUUAAGACUGGAUUGAGUUUAACCUUUGUACCCUAGAAUUUGCCACCUCGCUUAACUAAAUGAAUUGUCCUCAUGACUACUCCGCAUAAUAUCGUUUAGGAGGAUAUAGUGCAUGGUUUGCUGUUUGCUGCUUCUGAUCUAAUUCAACUCUUUAGUAUUGGUAUACAACUAACCUGUCUGAUAAUGGCAUGAUGUCAUUCCCCCAUGAUCCUACUCUCUUUCUUUUUGUAGUGGAGUUUCUUCAUGUGAAUAAAUUUUGAAACUGCCUUCCUGGGUUAUUGUAAGUUUUCUUCAUUGUCACUCUUUGCCCAGUUGUAGGGAAUAUACUGUUAAUUUUUCCUGAGCAGAAAGUUAAACUCAGGUAGUUCAGAUAAGAGGACUUUCUUAGCCAUGUUAACCAAAUAAGAAUUUGGGUCUAUUAUUUAAAAGAAAGAGUAAACUCCCCCAAAAAGAUUCUCAGUUUCUGUGUCUCCGGUAUGAAUGUGACUUGGGAACACAACUGUAGACAGAACUGUGCUGUUUUUCAAUACUUGAGUGUUUGGUUUGUGUAAACGGUCACAACUUUAAACCACUUACACAUUGCCUGUCAAUGACAUCUCCAUGACACUGAGUGGGUCCAAAGGAGAUAUGAACCUCCUGAGUGUUUUUCUUUCAGCAGGUGACAACCACGUCUUCUCACUCUUUGAAGCUCAGUUCACGUGCUGCAGAGUCUCUAAAAGGAUGAGAGAAGGAUCCAAGAGCCCAGUGUAGCUUUUGGCCGUUGCCCUGUGCAGGUGUGCAAGUUCAGCGUGUGCUCCUCCCCCUGGGUGUGGCACCUCUGUGCCCGUAGCUGAGCAGGGGAGGAUGCGAGGGCAGGUGUGGCAGAGAUUGUUCCAUGGUCAGUGAGUGAAGUGCGCUGGAGCAGCAAGGGCAGAGAUUGCAGGUUUAAGGAACCACGCGUGUGUGCCCACGUGUGCAGGCAGUGCUGUGUGUGGAGGUGCAGGUACGUGGGUGUGCCUGUGUGGAAAUAGAAGUGUACACACAGAGAGACACAGUCAGGUUAGUAAAGUGCUGUGUGUGCCUGAAGUAAAGCUGUUCAAGAAACGGUGAAGGAAAGGACUCGAUGCUGUUCUUCCUUGCCUGGCCCCUGAGUUGGGCCGUCACAAAGUCGGGUGCAGGAAGGGAGCGACUGAAGUGUGUGUGGUGGCACCUGAAAUGUGCUGAGGGUUGGGAUUUCUCCUUCUUUUGGCCUUGGUGUGUUGUGCAGAGAGCAGGGCAGAGCAGCCUUUAGCAGAGUGUGGAAGGGUGGUGCUGCAGCUGGAGCCGCUGCCACCACUGAGGGAGAGCAUCGAUGGAGCAGGUCCGUGGGCAGCAGGUGCUUGCCUUGGGGUUCUGGGGAGUGGGAGACUCUGCUGUUGUGGCCUGAGCUGGAGCAUCUUGAGGGCAGUGAGAUGGCUGUGCAGGUGUUGCAGACAUUAGUUGGUAGGGAGUGAAGCUGAGGUGUUUGAAGCACACGAGUGUGGUCAGUGUUGGGACUUGAGGCUGCGUGCAGCAGCUGCUUGGAGAGCAGGGUUGUUCCUGGGUUGUGCGAGAGCUCCAUCCAGGUCCGGUCCCCUGCCGUGUGGGGCAGUUCCUGUGGCAGGAGUUGCCCUGUGGCGAGCAAGGGCCUGCAAGCAGGACACCUGGCCAGGAGCACUUGUGCCUGGCAUUCCAUAGCUGGGUGCUCCUGGAACGCCCCAAGUGCGUGCAGGCCUGUGAGCUGAGGGGGCUGGGAGGGCUUUAGGUAGUGCUAGCCCCCCUUUGCAAACACCCCUGUGCUGCCCAGGCUUCCCAGUCUGGAGCCCUGGCUGGUGGGUUUCUGCCACCAUUUUGUGCAGGGAAGCUGCCAUUUUGUUCAGUGUUGCAAUUCCUGCUUCCUUGUACCAGGAAGUCUUCAGAUAUCCAAGUAUUUUUAUACACUGCAUACAAUAUGUCCAUAGUUAGAAAUCUGUGUAUGAAGGAGUGUAUCAGUAUAUAUCUCUACACAGAUAUGUUGGUGAUAUUUGUUUCUAGAGGUAUAUAAAUGAAACAGACUGGUACAAUUAUAGGCAUAAGGUCGAUAAAGCAGUCUUUGUAAAGAGUUAAUGGAAUGAACCCUUUGAUGUGAAUAAAAUGUGAUGACACCAAAGUAAAAGGCAGGUUCAUGCCUUCCGCUUUGCGUGGCUGCAGAGAAAGCAUUAACGUGUUGUGGGGGCACCUAAGAAGUGUCGCAGAGAACUGGGCCGUGUCUGAGGGCUGUGGGCCUCUGUGAGUUGGCCACCAGGCAGGCGUGGGCAAACACCCUGUCCUGUCUGCAGAAGAGAUGUGUCCGUGAGCCAGGCUGAGCAGGCUCUAUGAGGGGGCAGAGCCCGAUGGGCUGGUGGUGCAGAGCAUGUCAGUGGGGCAGGCUGUGGGCAUCCCAUGGCCCUACCAGAUGUGGGCAACACAGGCUGCAGAAACAGAAGGCCAGAACCAAAUCCCAGUGUCAGAGGAACAUUUGCCUGGGGACCUCUGUUGGGUUUUCUCUCUGAAGAGCAUCAGUGGAGUCAAGGCAUUGUGCGCCUGUGGGUGAAGAUGCAGGAGCCAGAACUUGUUGUGAAAGCACUCCGAGCUGUUCUUCAUGCCUUUAAAAAUGGCAUACGUUUGUCAGAGCUUCAAAGUGAAUACAAAUCUCUGACCAACGAGUUGAUUCCCUUCAGGCACCUAGGAUAUGACACACUGGAAGGCUACUUGGAGAGUAUCCCAGGAGUGGUCAGAAUGGAAGAGAACAAAAUGGGAGAGGUCGUUUGCCAUGCUGUGAGUUGCAGUGAGACUGUGCGAGUUGCUCAGCUGGUGGCCCGACAGAGGAGUUCCAAGAAGAAAACAGUCCGGCAAGUGAACUGUCAGAUGAGGCUGAAGAACACAUCUCCAGUCAGUUUAUCAGGAAAGCCCAAAGGAACUUUGCGACAGCCCCGGUCUUUGAGUGUGCCAGAAGAAGGCAGCAAGAAGCCCGUGUCUCGCCUGCCCCGAGGCAGAGAAGUGGCGUGUGGAGCUGUGAAACCUGUUGUGGAGAGUGCCCGAUCUGCCUUGCCUUCAGCUGCUGGGAGUGGAUCACCUAAAGAAAUCCCCAUGCAAAGGCAUGUCACUGUGGUAAACAGGUCUGAGAAGAGACUGACAGUCCCACCACGGUUUCAGAAAGAGUUGCAAGUUCACCUGUCCAGAAGCUCUUCCACAGAAUCAAAUGAUAACUUAAAUACAUCCACUGCAGAGACACAUACUGUUGCCUCUGGCUCUUCUGCUGCUGAUGUCAAUGAGCUUCAGAGUCGCAUUAAGGAGCUUCUGAGCAAGUACAGCAGUGGAGUCAAGGUGUCAAAGAUGCUGCAAAUCUAUCGGGAAAUGUACUGGGAGGAUCUUAGCACAGAAGUGCUCCAGCAGCUUGAGAACUGGCCUCAUGUAUGCACAGUGGAGAAAAUACACAGGGGUGAUCAGAUAGAUGAACAUCUUUACCCUGCAAAGAAAAUACCACCGGUAGCAAAAGGCGACACCGAUCAAGAAAAGGCAUCUCAGAAUGUUACUUCUUCAAAAGCAGACCCUUCAUUAAAACCGAACAUGGAGACCACAUCACUGAGCAGCGACUUGAAGCAGAAAGUUGUUAGCAUCUUGCUGAAAUAUUCCAAUGGUCUUUGGGCUCAUGCACUCCCCAAAGUGUACCAAGACACUUACCAAGUAAAAUUUCCAGAAGAUGUUCUCAGUAAUCUGGAGUUGCUGUCAGAUGUGUGCACGGUGGAUUAUGUCUCUGAAGCCCCCAGAAGGGCUAUUCUCUACGCUAAACCCCAAAGAUGCACUGAUGAAAAUCUGAAUGUCACUGAGAAGGUCCAGAGUCACGAUGGUGUGAAGGCCACAGCUGAACAGCAGGAUGAAGAAUCCAAGGACCAGUAUCCAGAGAACAUAAGUGUUCCUUCUCUAAUCAUUCCAUCAGAAGGAUCUGUGUCAAUCAUGGUGUUAGAACUGAAAAACACUAAUGAGGUCCUAAUUAGGUAUGUGGGCAAAGAUUAUUCUUCUGCCCAGGAACAAAUGGAGGAGGAGAUGAAAGCAUACUAUAGUCAGAACAGUACAGUGUCACCAGCUCAGUCUCUGAGUGUUGGGCAAGUUGUUGCAGUACAUGCCGAGGAAGACGCCUGGGUGCGUGCUCAAAUAAUUUCUCUAGAAGACAACAGAAUAAAGGUACGCUAUGUUGAUCAUGGCUUCACUGAGUUUGUUGAAAGCAACAGUGUUUACAAACUACAGAAACAGUUCAGUUUGCUUCCUUUCCAAGCUGUAAAGUGUAAACUGGCAGGGCUUGAAGCCUUCUGUGAUGAUCCUGUCCUAAUAAAGACUGUGGAAUCACAGACAUGCUUCAAGAUAUUUGCUGUGGAAAUACUGGAAAAAAGUGAUAUUCCUCUUCUUGUUCUCUAUGACACAUCUGGAGAAGACGAUAUCAACAUCAAUGCUACUUGUCUGAAGGCAUUGCAUGACAAGUCCCUUGAACUGCACCUGCAGGUAGAUGCACUAUAUACAAAUGUCAGAGUAACCAGUGUUUUCUCUGAUGGAAGCCUGUAUUGCCAAGUGCCAUCCAAAGGCUUGUCUAGACUCUCAGAAGUCUUGCAGAAAGUAGAAGACUACUUUGGUUACAAGACUUCCGACUUCAAUGUGUUGCUACCUUUCUGUGGCAAAAUCUGCUUGUUUCCUUCCAAAGGAAAAUGGGCACGUGUAGAGAUAAAAAUUAUUCACACUAGACGGGCACUGGAUGUGCAGUUCAUGGAUACUGGAACAGUUGCAACUGUGAAACUAUCAGAGCUCAGAGAAAUCCCACCACAGUUCCUGAGAGAAGUAAUUGCAAUACCUCCUCAGGCUGUAAAAUGCUGCCUGGCAGAUCUGCCUCCUAACACUGGCAUGUGGACUCCAGAUGCUGUACUGUGGCUGAGAGACGCUGUAAUGAAUUGCCCUGAAUUUAGCAUGAAGGUGAUUAAACAGGAUGGUUCAAAGGGAAUUGCACACGUUUACUUAUUUGCUCCAGAGAAUUUUCCAGACGUGGAUCGAAGUAUCAAUAGACAGAUCAAAAAUGCAGACUUGUGGAAGCAUCAGAAAGAUGUUUUCUUAAGCGUUACGCCCAGUGGGACUAGCUCCACGAAAGCUAUGGGUGACGGUGUUUCAGCUCUGCAGUUAACUGGUGGGAAGCCAGAGAAGAGUUUGUCUGAUUCAGCCAGAGAACCCAGCAGUGCAGUGUCUACCAUCUAUAUGCCUCCUCCUCUACCCUUGCCAAAGCCUGGCGAGCUCAUGGAUAUCUAUGUGUCGGUGGCCUGCCAUCCAGGUCACUUCAUUGUCCAGCCUUGGAAUGACCUCAACAAUCUGUACGCCCUGAUGGAAGAAAUGAUCUUGUACUACAGCAGGGCAGAAGAGAAACCUGUGAAUAUUGAAAAAAACAAGCUGUAUGCAGCUAAAAUUGGAGAUGAGUGGUACAGGGUCAUAGUGAAAGGAAUCCUUAGGAACGGUUUCUUGUCAGUGUAUGAGCUGGACUAUGGCAAACAUGAGUUUGUCAGCAUUCGGAAAGUACAGCCACUCACGGAUGCGUUUAGAAGACUGCCUUUCCAAGCUAUAACAGCUCAGCUUGCAGGAGUGAAAAACCAGCAGUGGUCAGAAGAGGCAUCAAUAGUGUUUCGGAAUCUUGUAGAGAAGAAACCCUUUGUGGCACAGAUACAGGCAGUUAAUGAAAGCACUAACCCUUGGGAUCGAAAAAUAGUGACUUUUCUCGUGGACACAUCUCUUCCACAUAUUGAUACGUGGAUUCAUGAUUUUGUGUCACAAAGUCUUGUGGAAUUUUCAAAGGGUGAUUAAUCACAACUUCUGAAAUGUAGCUGCUUAGUGAUGAAAUAAGUAACAGGCUUUGAAGAGAAAUAUAACUACUACAUGGCCUUGAAGACAUAAUGGGGAUAAAACUGAAAUAUCUGUGUUUGUUUAACAAGUUUGGUUUCUGUUGACUUCAGUUGAUUUUUUGAAAAUUUUCAUGUUGUUUACCAUUGUAAUGAUAGAAUAUUUAGGUUAAAAUAUUUAAAAAG